AUGGUUCCUUGGAACGAUGCGAAUCCAUGGAUCCGAGGUGUCCUCGGUUGCUACAUUCCCACCUACGAGCCUGUAUGUGUACGGUGCAAGUGGCUAGGGAACCGAAAUCAUAGGCUGGACACUUCCAAGGUCAGCAAAAGUGCCGUACCUUUCGAUUCCUAUGAGUCAAAGAUUAGUGCAAGCCGACCGCCUGUUGCCUACGUCCCGAUCAUGGCCGCUCUUCAAACUUGUGCAUGUAACCGACAUGCCACUUUGAGGAAGAUCGUCGCCAUUACCGCCCAAGAAGGAUGGUGGGAGCUGGCCGUCGGUCUCCAAAAAGGCAAGGUUGGAGAAAUCAUCGGAAUUAUCAGGGACAAACCAUCGACCGUUGAGACACGGGACGAUGGUCGGUUGUUGCCGGUAGGUGUGGCGAACACUAUGCGAUAG